UCUGUCUGCCUUCUCUCUGUCUGAAUUCAGCAUAACUUUUAUAUGACAAAGAGAGAUAGCCCGGAAAUUUGCUUUCUCAGUCUGACCACUCUCACUUUGCAAUGCUCAGUGUCUCUUCUAGUAUAGUUGUAUUGCAAUGGUUGUUAAAUAUUAGAAAUGUCAGCUAUUUAUUCAUAUAUAAAAAAAAAUUUGCUUUAUCACGUUAAUACUACUACGUAUAAAUGGCUUCAACAAAAAUUGAAUUUACGGUACAUAUGACAUGUGAAAAAUGUGUCAACGCAAUUUCCAAGAGUAUAGCCGAUUUAGAAGGCGUUCAAAAUAUCGAUAUAUCAUUAGAACGUGGCACUGUCAUCCUUGAAACAAACCUGCCUAGCUCUGUUAUACAGGAAAGAAUUGAAAGAACUGGACGGCGGGCAGUCUUAAAGGGAUAUGGAGGUUUA